UAAAAAAAAAAAAAGAACGGGGAAAUUUUGGCAUAAGGGAGAGAGAGAAGUUUGAAACAGAACAUGUUAAUGGCUUAUUAUUUUUGUAUGGGAAGGAAGAAAGUGAGAUUGAAAGAGAGAGUUUGUGAUCAAUGUUGUUGAUUAAUACUAUGAACCGUAAUUAUGACUCUCCAACAUCAUCACCUCCAACUCCUCCUUCACCACUUCCAGUUAGUUUUGCACCAGGCAACCAGAGGUACUCCUUCUCGGCAUCAUCAACUCCUUCGCCGCCCUUCUCGCCGGCACCUUCCAGCCAAACUUCUCUUGAGCAGGAGAAGCUUCCCCUUCUGCAACAAGACCAACCAAAUACUGAUACUACUAAUUUGCCAUCAGCCUUUUCAUUGGAUCUCCAGAACUCCCAAGAAUUGGAACCUAAAAGUACAUGCCUUCAAGAAUUGUUGGAAUGGUUUAUGCAAAGAUGCUGCUGUUGUUGCAUCAGAUUUCUUGAAUUCUCCAACCGCGACAAGAAUUCUCAACCGUAACAAAGCAAAAGACAAAAACAAAAGCAUGGUUUCUCAUUUUAGCCUUGCUUUUACCAGAAUGUUUUCUUAAUCUUCUAGUAUAAUUUCAGAUUCAGUUUGACAUUCAUUCAGUCGCUAACACAGCUUUUUCAUAUGCCUGGACUCUUUUUCAUUAUCAUUUAACUCUGUAUGUAUCCGAAAACAAACUCACCAAUAGCAGAAUAAGAUGCAUCUGUGAGCAUCAAAGGGCAAGACUUGAACAUCAUCUUUGAAUGUGUUUUGAAAACA